UUGAUUUUUAUAGUUCGGUUAGUUACUAUUUUUUUUUUUUUCUAAGUGUGAUGUAGGUGAGUUUUAAAAAUACACAUGGGCGCGCGCAGCUGAAAUCAGUAAAUCAACUGAUUGAUGCUUUGAACGGGUCUGAUCAGGAUCAUCGUUUGGCUGCUGAUACGGAGCAACGGAGCGCAGCUCGCGCGCUGUUUUAAGGACCGCCUCGCGAGCGACGGGACACCCGCCAAUAUGAUCCAAAAGUCAAGGAAAUCUUUCUGCAGCGAGAGUUUCCACGCGGGAAAAUGAUCCAAGAGGGGGAAUAAUCCAGCGAUAUACGAGAGCACGAGAGGAAGACAAAGAGAGGAAGCGCAGAGGGAAGGAGAUCACUGAUGAUGAUGAUGAUGGUGGUGGCCUAGAAACAUCAGGAGUUAUUCCUCGUUCUGGAUCGUAAGACGAUGGGGGAUUUUACGCAUUGCAAAGAAAAGGGGCUCACUUUCCUCCUCCGCGCACCCCGGCUUCACUUCUGACUUGUGUUUUCACGCGAGGAUGCGUUGAAGGCGAACUCGUGGCAGUCCGCUGCUCGAAAGUCACUCACUCACUCACUCACGUGAAAAGGAACAGCGGCUCUGCGCAUUAAUGCGUGUGUGCGCGAGCGCGUACGCGUGCUCUCCCGUGACCGAUGGCACUGGAAUCCGUGCGCAACGGCUAUGUGCGCACUUGUGUCACUCCCGUGGAGCAGGACUGCUGGCACUCUUGCUUGCGGAGCCGUAGGAGCCUCUCCUCGGCCGUGUGCGUCGCCUCGCUGUCCGUGCUCCUCGCGCUGCUCGCUCAUCAGUCCGCGGACUGGGACGCGGAGCGCGCACACGCGCACUCGGGAUCUCCGGCGCUGCACUUGGUGACGCUCGUGGAGCUCGUGUGGCAGCUGCUCUCGCCCGUCUUCACGCUCGUGUGUGCCUUCUUCUGGGUGGGUGUGUAUCUGCUCCGCUGCGGGGUGCUCAUCCGUACGGCCGUGUUCCUGCUCACCGUGUGCCAUCUGGGCGAAGCGGCGGCGCAGUCGCUGCUGGAUGCGCAGCAGCUGUACUCGUUCACGGCCACCGCGCUGGUGCUGCUCGCCUGCCUGGCCAGCGGGGCGCUCAUGGUGGUGCGGCUGGGUCAGGGCAUCUCCGUGCUCCUCUUCAUCAGCAUCAUCAGGACCGUGUCGCUGCUGUCGCUGCAGAAGGUGCGCGCCAGUUGGAGACCCUACCUGGCGUACCUGCUCGGGGUGCUGGGGGUCCUGCUGGCGAGGUAUGCGGACAGACUGCUGCCGGAGCAGGGCGCAUCACACCGGGAGGGAUCGAGGGGAGAUAUUCCAGUAUUUAAGAGGCGCAGGAGGUCCAGCUCCGUAGUCUCGUCAGACAUGGCACAGCACGGCCAGUCCAGGAGCAAAUCUCACAGGAGGACGUCUCUGCCCUGUCUGCAGAGAGACCAGAUGCUCCCACAGCAAGAAUGGGACCACAAAAGAGGCGCCCGAGGAUCUCAGUCUUCGGGCACCAGCGUGACGGUGGACAUCGCGGUGAUGGGCGAGGCCCACGGACUGAUCUCAGAUUUGCUGGCUGACCCCUCCCUCCCUCCCAACACCUGCAGCACCCUGCGGGCCGUCAGCAACCUGCUCAGCACCCAGCUCACCAUCCAGCCGCUGCACCACCGGCCGCGCCUGAGCCCCCUGCUGGCCUUCAGCGACGGACACGCCUGCUCCGACUCGGAGGAUGUGCCGGAGAAAGGAGAGAGGUUGGCCAUCCCGAAGCGUUUGAGGCGAAGUUUGCCUCCGGGGCUUUUGAGACGGAUUUCUUCCACGUGGACCACCACCACCUCAGCCACGGGCCUGCCCACCCUCGAACCCGGGCCGGUCAGACGAGACCGCAGUGCCAGCAUCAAAACACCUCACGAUGGCCCUUCCAGCAGUUUGGUGAACAGUGACUCAUGGAACAACUCCGUUAUGCUCACCAUUUCCAAGAGCAGAUCCAUGUCCGCUUCAUACGCUGCCCCCGCCACCAACCACAUCUAUAGCAAGAGCCGAAGAGGUUACCCUUCUUCCAACAUCUCACCUCUGGCUUCACCCUGCUCCUCCCCUCCAGUCCAGGGCACUCCGGUCAACAGUCCCACCAACAAAAGCCCUUCAGUGGAGCUGCCUGACACAGAGCUUCCGCAGGCCGACGGCCUGCCGCCACGCAGCCCCCACAAAGCCUUAACCCACAGUCAGAGCGCCCCCAGCCCCACUACCACACACUGGGCGCCGCCUCCACUUUGUAGCAGCUGUGGAAGACCGUACAGUAAACUGAGGCACGGCGAUGGAUCCACAGACGCAGGAGACAGAACCCAACAGUCAGACGAACCGGUGAUAAUGUCAUCAGACUAUGACUGCACCUAUGAGACCAACCACAGUGACAGCAGCGACUUUGCACAGAAUGAGGAAGACAGAGAGGGUCACAGGAACCCCUGCGGGACGUACCCGCCUCAGGCGCUCGCACUGGCUGCUCUCAUACCUCCAGAGGAUAAGCCCAUCUUGGCCCCAGAGCCCCUGGUAAUGGAGGGACUGGAGCCUCUCAUGAGUCAGAUCAACAACUGGAACUUCCCCAUCUUCAGUCUGGUGGAGAAAACCAACGGCAGAUGUGGCCGCAUUCUCAGCCAGGUGUCCUACCAGUUGUUUGUCGACACGGGACUCUUUGAGACUUUCAAGAUUCCGGUGAGGGAGUUCAUGAACUAUUUCCACGCUCUGGAGAACGGAUACAGGGACAUCCCAUAUCACAACAGGAUCCAUGCAACAGACGUCCUCCAUGCGGUUUGGUACCUCACUACUCAGCCUGUGCCUGGUUUACCUACACUGGGAUCACUUAGUGACUCGGACUCUGACAGUGGACUCGCUCAUGGCCGCACAAAGUACCUGAUGUCCAGGACGUAUCCUGUAGAGGAGGAGGGUUACAGCUGUCUGUCCGGCCUCAUCCCUGCUCUGGAGCUGAUGGCGCUCUACGUCGCAGCUGCCAUGCAUGAUUACGACCAUCCUGGCAGGACCAAUGCGUUCCUGGUGGCCACCAGCGCUCCACAGGCCGUGCUUUAUAAUGACCGUUCGGUGCUGGAGAACCAUCACGCAGCUUCUGCCUGGAAUCUCUUCAUGUCGCGGCCCGAGUACAACUUCCUGGCCAGUCUGGACCACAUGGAUUUCAAACGCUUUCGCUUCCUGGUCAUCGAGGCCAUACUGGCCACUGAUCUUAAGAAACACUUUGACUUUCUGGCUGAAUUCAACGCCAAGGUGGGGGAUGAUGGCUGCUCGGGGAUUGAAUGGUCUAACGAGAAUGAUCGUCUGCUGGUGUGUCAGAUGUGUAUCAAGUUAGCGGAUAUAAACGGUCCGUUGAAAUGCAAGGAGCUUCAUUUGCAGUGGACGGAGGGCAUCGUCAAUGAGUUCUACGAACAGGGUGAUGAAGAGUCCAGCUUGGGCCUUCCCAUCAGCCCCUUCAUGGACCGUUCAGCGCCCCAGUUGGCCAAACUACAGGAGUCCUUCAUCACACACAUCGUCGGGCCUCUCUGCAACUCUUACGACUCUGCUGCCCUCAUGCCUGGGCACUGGGUCAACCCUCAGCCCAAAGAGGGCGAGGAUGCUGAGGAAGAGACAGAUGAAGAGGAUGAGGAAGACACACCGGAGGAAGACGGCUCCAGCAGCUCAGAGCUUUCCCAGAAACUAUCUCCCAAGAAACGGCGGAAAGUGUUCUGCCAGAUCACCCAGCACCUGCUGGAGAACCAUGAGAUGUGGAAGAAGGUCAUUGCAGAAGAGUCUCAAAGCCAGACAGAAGAGGAGGAGUCCACAUGCCUCAGUAACACGCCUGAGUCAAUCCUAGCCAUUGAUGAAGAGGAGGAGGAGCCAGGGAGCAAGGAGGAGCCAACAGACGACCAGGAGGAGCAGUCAACAGAGGAGGAGGAGAGUCCUGUACCUGAAGAGACACAUGAAACAGUGGAAACAGAUGGCGAGACUGUAGCGGAAGCAGACACAGCAACUGUAGAAGACGAUGCGGAGCUAAUGGGAAAACGUGAGGAAACUGAAGACGAGGAUCCAGAAUGAAUGACUUGCUGGUUUUAGACAAGAACACUGUCUGAAACUUUUUGUAGGCAAGCAAGACUCCUAAGAAAUGGUUGCCAGCACAUCACUUAGACACAACACUGUAGAUGCUUGGGGAACAUGUGCCUAAAGGAAACAGGGUGGGAAGGGGUGGUUCGGGAUGAAGGGUUUGAUUAACAAUGAGUGGGCAGUGAACUAUUAGCGUAAAGUGAGGUUUGAUGCUAAAAUUGACCAGGACAUAGAGUUCUCCAGGGGGGUGGGGUGGGGUGGGGGGUUUCCUAUAUUUUCUAGACGUUAUGUCGGUCAGUUUUGCAAGAAAACCCUCCUGCUGCACCUUAACCCACCAAACUUCGACAGGGGUCCCAGUGACCUGCAGCUACACAAGUUUGCAGGCUCGUCCGUUCUCCUCAACAAGCAUUUCUGAGGAGCUUAGUGUCAAAGUCGGGAAAGAGAAAUCAAUCCACCGUGACCCUCGCCGGCUCCUUGAAGGCAUCGCGCCUCACUCACGUAUCCCAUCAGCUGCAGUGGACGAAAGCAAAUGUUCCAGAAACAGCAUGCAUUUGUGAAAAUGCUACAAAAAGAUUCCACGUGUGUAACACCAUAUGUUCCCGUGUCUGUCCUGCCAUUGCUCUUUCUUUUCCUUUCCAGAGGUCCUUUCUAUCACAGAUGCUUGCACCAUUGUCCUUGUCCCAUUUCUGAAGGCGUCAUGCCGAAUGCUCCUCAUUCUCUUCCCUCACCUUUUCCCCUCGGCAUUCCAUUAGUCCAUGAACUGAGAUCUUGCAUUUCUCAGGAUCAGACUGUUUUUGGAUAACGGUACAAGGAGUCAUUGGUUUUUACGGACUUUCUUGCAACUUUUUAAUCUUUUGAAUCUUGAUUUGUGAGGACAAAGGGAAUCUUUAGUUGUUUUUUAAAGUGUAAUGUCUUCUAAACGUCAAUGGCCUUUUUAACAAUAGCCCAAUUGUUGUUUUACCAGGUGAUUUGAUAUAUAUAUAUAUAUAUAUAUAUAUAUAUAUAUAUAUAUAUA